AAAAUCAUGACUGGCCACCAAGAAUCGAAGAAGAAGGUCUGACUUGAAUAGUUUGCGGGAAUUUGGAAAGGGACGGAGUGUGGAGGAAUCGUGCCUGACCAGUGCUCCGGUUGAAAUGUCGAUCCUCCUGUGAUCUGGAUUGAGUCUGUUGGCGCCCGUGUGGUUAAAGUGCAGCAGAGCAAUUUGAAGCAGUGUUUAAUUGCAGACGCUAGAGAGUGAAGCCAGGGGUCACUGCUUGUGUUGAAUGAUUGGUGCAGCUGACGGGAGGGAGGAAGCGAUCAUGUCGUUCAUCUGCGCACCGUCGUUUCCUACCAGGCAUGUUGAGUUUUUGUCAGAGUCCAAGUCGGCUAUGGGGUCCCACUUACACCGUCAUUGUCCUCGAGAGACUGUGUCAAUGAGAGGUUCAUUGAAAUGUACGCACCGACUGCAGUCAUCGCUGAUGUGUCCACACAGACAUCUAAAAGCUUCAAGAAGUGCCUAUCUUCAAUCGAUCCGGAAGAUACAAUGCAACUCCAAACUCGAGCGUCACGUCGUACAAAGCAGUUCUAUGGAGGAAAUAUAUGACGUUCUAGCAAAUCGUCUCUUCGAGACAAUGGCAGCCGUUGAGCCAAGCGCCAAAUAUUUAGUAGCCCUAGCAGGACCUCCAGGAGCAGGGAAGUCAACUGUUGCAAAUGAAGUGGUUUGGAGGCUGAACUACAUCUGGAAAAAGGAAGGAUGCAGGUCAAGAGAAGGUGAUGAGAUAGCUGUCGCCGUUCCUAUGGACGGUUUUCAUUUAUAUCGGUGGCAGCUUGAUCAGAUGGAGGAUCCAACCGAGGCUCAUGCAAGACGAGGAGCUCCUUGGACUUUCGAUCCAGUUGGUCUCGCGAACCGCCUGAAGACUUUACGAGAGAAGGGUUCAGUUUCUCUGCCAUCAUUCGACCAUGGAGUGGGAGAUCCUGUUGAAGAUGAUAUUCAUGUAGAGGAGAGGCAUAAACUGAUUGUGGUGGAGGGUAACUACCUGCUGUUGAAUGACGGCGACUGGAAAGCUCUUGGUAGCCUCUUCAAUGAACGGUGGUUCAUUGAGGUGGACACCGAUGAAGCAAUGAAAAGAGUCGAAAGACGACACGUGAUCACUGGAAAACCUGCGGAUGUUGCUCAGUGGCGUGUGGCCUAUAAUGAUCGCCCUAAUGCAGAACUUAUUCAGAAAUCGAAGGUGAAUGCCGAUUUAUGGAUUCGUUCUGUACCAUUGAAGGUGUCCGAGUCAGUUCAAUGACCGAACUGUUGUUGUUUUUCCGCGGAGAGCAACGUGGCGACAUUUCCGCAGGCAGAGCCAUGCAUUAUAAGCAUCGUGAUAACAUACAAAGGCCUUCUCACUACGUGUUCACUUUUGUGGGGCAUGUGAAGUCAAGUGGAUGUACGGAAAGUUUCUGACGUGAUUUUAGGUAGCUACUUAUGUAGAUUGUUUAGAAGUUGGCCUAUCAUUUUGUGGUUCAUGAUAAGUAACAUCUACUCAUAUUUAAUUCAAUCCUAUUGUUAGUAUAUGUUUAAAACAGUUACUCAAUUUGGAUUGCUUCCUCCACGUAGCAUGCGAAUUUUACGUCAUGAUUUUUUUCUUUUACUCUUUCUAUUUACAUCAUGAUGAUUAUCUGAAUAAAAAAUAUAA